AUGCCCACCGCUGUUCAACAACCCAUCUCUAAAGAAGAGGACCAAGCGUUCUGGAAAUCUUCCCAGAAACUGAUAAGGUACGGUGGAAGUUGGAGUAAUGUAAUCGUCACCAAAGCCAAGGGUACGGUGAUGUGGGAUGCCAAUGGGAAGAGAAUCUUGGAUUUCACUUCUGGGCAGAUGAGUUCACUUCUCGGACAUGGUCAUCCCGAGAUCUGUGAAGUAGUAGACGACGGGAUGCGUAACCUCGAUCACAUAUUCUCAGCAAUGGUGACCAAACCAGUCGUCGAGUUGGCAGAGAGAUUAACCGAUAUGCUUCCUCCUCAAUUGAAUCGAUGCAUGUUCCUAUCAACAGGUUCAGAAACCAACGAAUGUGCUUUGAAGCUCGCCAAGAUGUAUACAGGUGGAUAUGAGGUGGUUUCCUUAUCAGCUUCUUAUCAUGGUAUGACCCAUGGUUCUGGAGCUGCUACUUUCUCAGUAGGCAGGAAGGGCUACGGACCUCAGUUACCUGGUAAUUUCACUUUACCAGUUCCUUACGCUUAUAGAUCGAGGUUCAGACAUGAAGAUGGAUCUUACGAUUGGAAAUCUGAGCUGGAGUACGGAUGGUCUUUAAUAGAUUGUCAAAGCACUGGAGCUUUGGCAUGUGUGAUCAUCGAACCUAUCGUAUCUACCGGUGGUAUCAUCACUCUUCCUGAAGGAUAUUUGAAAGAGAUGAAGAAACACUGUGAGAAGAGAGGCAUGCUGUUAAUUGUAGAUGAGGCUCAAACAGGUAUGGGCAGGACUGGAGACAUGUUCGCUUUCCAACAUGAAGGCGUCAUCCCUGACAUUCUCACUCUCUCCAAAACUCUUGGAGCUGGUCUCCCACUAGGAGCUACAAUCUGUUCCGAGGAGAUCGAGAGAGUAUGUAACGAACGGGGAUUCUUCUACUAUACCACCCACCUGAAUGACCCACUGGUAUGUGCGGUCGGAGCGAAAGUGUGCGAAAUUGUAGAAAGGGAUGAUUUCCCAGCUCAGGCUAGAAGAAAAGGUGCCGUGCUCAAAGAAGGUUUGCUGAACCUUCAAAAGAAAUACCCAUGCAUUGGAGAUGUAAGAGGUAGAGGUCUAAUGAUGGGUAUUGAAAUAGUCUUAGACCCAGAGACAAAAGAGCCCGCGGACUCGUUGGGUACGGCCAUCUCGGCUAGAGCGAUGGAAACUGGUUUGAGCUGUAAUGUGGUUCAACUCAAGGGUAUGGGUGGAACCUUCCGAAUCGCUCCUCCCUUAACAAUCUCCGAAGAUGAGAUUCGUGAAGGUGUAGAUAUCUUGGAUAGUGCAUUUGCAUAUGUACUCCAACAAGAGGAAUAUAAGAAUGUCGCUCAAGGUCAAAAGAUCGUUCCAUAG